UACCUACCUACCGCAAAUCUAUUAUCUCUCAACUACAUAUUCUUUCAUAUAACUUAAAAGGACUCCAUAGAUAGCCUCUCUAGGAAAACAUUUCAAAUUCAAAGUGAUGGCUACAAAUGACUUAAAGCUUUUGGGUGGUUGGUUCAGUCCAUUUGCAGUGAGGGCACAAAUUGCCCUUUCCAUCAAAGGUUUGGAUUAUGAGAACAUUGUAGAAAACUUGAAUUCCAAAAGUGAUUUGUUUCUUCAGUCCAAUCCUGUAUACAAAAAAAUCCCAGUUCUCAUUCAUGGAGAUAAAGCCAUUUGUGAAUCAGCAAUAAUAGUUGAAUAUAUUGAUGAAGUUUGGAAAAAUAAUGGCACUCCCUCAAUUCUUCCUUCAAAUGCUUAUGAUCGAGCCAGUGCUAGAUUUUGGGGUGCCUACAUAGAUGACAAGUUAUAUAAUUCCCUACGAAAUGGUUUAUUUGCUCAAGACAUUGAGUCAAAGAAGAAACAUUUUGAGGAACUAGCAGAAGUGCUUUUGAAGUUGGAAGAUGUAUUGAACAAGAGCAGUGGAGGAAAGGACUUUUUUGGAGGAGAGAAAAUUGGAUUUGUUGAUAUUGCUUUUGGAUGCUAUUUGAGUUGGUUGAGGGUUAAAGAGAAAUUUACUGGAGAGAAAGCUUUUGAUGAAGCUAAAACUCCUUCUUUGGUAAAAUGGGCUGAAGCUUUUGCUACUGAUCCUGCUGUGAAGGGAAUUCUACCAGAAACUGAUAAACUUGUUGAGUAUGCCUUAGCUAUGGCUGCUGCUAUUCCUAAGUAAAUGAAUGUGAUUAUGUGAGAUAACUUUUUGUUUGGAAAAUGUUAUCUAAUUAAUUAAUUCAUGUAUUUUCCCUAUCUCUUUAAAACUUGUCCCUUAAGUCACCAUUGAACUGCUUAUUUGAGACAAUCAUGAUGGAGUUGUAUGCAAGAAUUGAAUUUGAUUAUGAACAAUUUAUUCCUAUGAACUA